AUGUGCGGCAGUGGAAACGGAGGCGGAAGCAGACGUGGGUGCGGUAGCGGUCACGGACGCGGUGGUGGCCGCGGAGGUACAAAUACCCGCCGGAAGCGCGGAGCGCGCAAAAGGACGGACCAAGGGACGGACGGACGAAUUUCGUAUCGAUAUCCGAAUCAACCGCCACAAUGGCAGCCGCAGCGGCCACCGCUGAGGUCACAGCUGCCGCCACAGCGGCCACCGCUGAGAUCACUGCAACAGCCACCGCCGCAGCAGCCACCGCCGCAGCAGCCACUGGCGCAGCAGUCACAGGCGCAGCAGUCACAGGCGCAGCAGCCACCGGCGCAGCAGCCACCGGCGCAGCAGCCACCGGCGCAGCAGCCACCAGCGCAGCAGCCACCGGCGCAGCAGCCCCCGCCGCAGCAGGGGACGGACGGACGAAUUUCGUAUCGAUAUCCGAAUCAACCGCCACAAUGUCAGCCGCAGCGGCCACCGCUGAGGUCACAGCUGCCGCCACAGCGGCCACCGCUGAGGUCACUGCAGCAGCCACCGUCGCAGCAGCCACCGGCGCAGCAGCCGCCGCCGCAGCAACCACCGGCGCAGCUGCCACCGGUGCAGCAGCCACCGCCGCAGCAACCACCGGCGCAGCAGCCAGUGCGUGGCGUGGACUUUAAGCGAAGAAAAUUAACGUGA